AUGAACCGUGGAGGUGAGAUGAGUGCUCUAAAUGUUGGAAGACAUGGGCUAAGUUUGGGGCCUUUGGAACACUUUCAGAAGAAAGAUUACAAAAGGAUGAAGAUGAAAAAGGAGUUCAAGAGAUGUGACACCUGUGGGAUGAGAGGGCAUCUCAAACAAGAGUGUUUUAAGGUCAAUUGGUAUCCAGAGAGAUUCAAAAACACAAAAGGGAAGAGCAACACUAGACAGGUUGCAAAUGUUGUUAAGGAAGGAAGUGAAGGGAGUUCACAGACUCCUUUUGAUUUUGGAACUUUUGAAGCUGAAGAUGAUGAAAAGAAGGACGAGCGCAAGCUCAUAUUAACUAUUGUGCAUGAAGUAAUGAAGGCUCUAGGAGGGAGCAACAUAAGUUAUGUUAAUUUUGUAGAUGGAACAGUGAAAGAAGUGAAUGAAUUUGGAGAUGUAAGAGAUCCUGAUGAAGUGCUUUUGAAAAAUUUGUUGUAUGACCUUUCUAAUGAGAAAAUUGUGGCCCAUGGAAGUAAUCAGUGUGAUUUGUACAAAGUGGAAGUGAAGAAAGAAGAUGAAAUGGACAAUUCUAACCAAGGAGGACUUAGAAGGGUGAUGGAUACAGAAGCAAGAAAAGAGAAAAAGAAAGAUUUAAGUUUAAUUCAUGCUAGAUUAGGACAUAUUUCCUUCGUAAAAGCAAUCACAGGGGCACAAUACUUCAUGACAAAUGUUGAUGAUCACUCUAGAGUGACCCGGGCUCACCUUUUGUCUAAUAAGGAACAGGUGAAAGGAAUCUUAGUUGCAUUUCUUGCAUAUGUUGAGAAUCAUUUUCAGUGCAGGGUAAAGCCAAUCAGGUCAGACAAUGGCACUGAAAUUUUUCAACAAGAAUGUGGAAAGAUGAUGGCAGAAAAAGGGAUCACACGUGAAAGAAGUGUUAUAGGAAGGCCAUAG